AUGCUAAGCAGGUCUAUUUGCAAUCGGUACAUCCCACCCUUUCCAUCAUCACAUUUUAGAGCUUGCAGGAGCCUUGCACGCCAAUUUUCAUCCACUCUCCAUUAUGAUGUAGUUGUAAUAGGAGGAGGUCAUGCUGGAGUGGAGGCAGCUGCAGCUGCCGCGCGAAUGGGUGUAAAGACAGCGCUAGUCACAACCAAUUUCUCCACGAUUGGAGAAAUGUCCUGUAAUCCUUCCAUGGGAGGAAUCGGAAAAGGCCAUUUGAUUCGAGAAAUCGACGCGUUGGAUGGUUUAAUUGGCCGGAUGACCGACUAUGGAGGCAUCCAGUUCCGUGUACUAAACGCCUCACGGGGCCCCGCCGUGCACGGUCCUCGUGCGCAAGUGGAUCGUGAUUUGUACAAAAAACACAUGCAGCAGGCGAUUCGAAACUACCCCAAUCUCACGGUCAUCGAAGACGGUGCCCAUGUACCCUUACCCUUCUCUGCCUCUUCUCAUCCGCAGGAAUUCGAAAUGGACGCAUCCAACAAAACCAUCCACGGCGUCGUCACGCGCAAAGGCCAGCACAUCCACUGCUCCGCCGUCGUGCUUUGUACCGGCACCUUCCUCCACGGCGUUUGCCACAUCGGAAAAUGGAACGUUCCUGCUGGCCGUUUCCACCGCGACACGCUGAACGUGGACCCGCCCUCGAUCCACCUCGCCGACUUCCUUCACUCGCUCCAUCUCCCCAUCGAGCGUUUCACCACGGGCACUCCCCCGCGGUUACACCGCGACAGCAUCGAUUGGUCGCGGCUGGCCACGCAGGCCUCCGACGCUCCCGCGGUUCCGCUGAGCUUCCUGAACAUCUACGCGGGGGACUUCAUUCCCAACCAAUCGCGCCUUCUCCGCUGCGCGACGACAUACACAAACGAGGAAACCCACGCCAUCUGUAACGCCCACCGCGGGGAACUGCCCUCCUUCACCGGAAACCGCGGGAAGGGCCAGGGGCCGCGGUACUGCCCGUCGAUCGAGAAGAAGGUUCUCCGUUUCCCCGAAAAGAAACGCCAUCUGAUCUGGCUGGAGCCGGAGGGGCUUGAAACGCCCGUCGUGUAUCCGAACGGCCUGGCGACCGCGUACGACGCCGAAACGCAGCUGAAACUCCUGCGGACCAUGCGCGGUCUGGAGCACGUGGACAUGCUGCGACCCGGGUACGCGGUCGAGUACGACUAUGUGGAUCCCGCGGUUCUGACGCCGGCGUUUCGGCUUCGGCUAUUGGCCAAUUUGUUUCUCGCGGGGCAAAUCAACGGAACCACCGGGUACGAGGAGGCCGCGGCGCAGGGAAUCAUGGCGGGGAUCAACGCGGCGCGGCAAGUGAUGGGGAAACCCGCGGUUAUUCUGGAACGGUCGAGAGCGAUGAUCGGCGUGCUGACGGACGAUCUGACGCGUGGAGGGUAUCGAACGGAUUUGACGCGGGAACCGUUCCGAAUGUUCACGUCGCGAAGUGAGUAUCGCAUUACGGUCCGCGCCGAUAAUGCGGAUUUGCGGUUAACGGAAUGGGGCUAUCAAGAAGGAAUUGUCGGAGAGGAGCGAUAUGCCAAAUUCAUGGAGAAAAAAGAAGAAUUGUUAAAAUGUAACGAGUUCUUGAAGGCGUAUCGGCUCUCCAGCGAGGAAUGGGGAUUGCCGGGAGAGCACAAGUACAUUUCGGCCUUCGACGCCAUGGCGUAUCCCAAGAUCUCCAUCAAGACCGUUGAGGACAUUAUUCGCAACAAGCAGGGAGACACCGUGCUGAAUCACACCACGCGAGGUGUGAAGCAGACGCUGUAUAUCACCGCGAAAUAUGGCGUUUAUUUGGAAAAGCAGAAAAAGGACAUUGAUUUGUUCAAUCGCUCCAACGGGUUGAAGAUUCCGGAGAAUUUUGAUUUCUCUGCGCUUCCGAUUUCGCAGGAAGAGAAGGAUAAGCUGAUGGACACAAAGCCGAGUUCGAUCGAGGAGGUGAAGCACAUUCUGGGCAUCAAGCCUUCCACGUUUUUGUUCAUCAUCAAAGCGAUUCGAAAAAGUGGGAACGAAGUUGAACAAAAUUGA